CGAUUUUCAUUAUAUUGUCAAGAAAUAAAUUCCACACGCAGGAGUAUGUUAAAAUUAAGAACGGCAAUGUAAACGUGCUGUGAUCAGUAUAUGACAGGUAAACCCAGUACAAAUACGCAAGAUUAUUGUUAUUUAGACAUUUGAACACAUUUUACAAAGACCUUUCUGAAACUCUGUUGAAGAGGAAACUUGCAGUAUGGCAGAAAGCGUGAAAGUGGCAGUCAGAGUCCGGCCUUUUAAUGAACGUGAGAAGAACAGAAAUGCUACAGUUAUCAUUAACAUGACAGGGAACCAGACUGAAAUUAAGGACCCUGAAAACUUGUCAGCUGACCCACGCAGGUUCAGCUUCGACUUCUCUUAUUGGUCACAUGAUGAAUUUAAAGAACGACCUGAUGGAUAUCUAGAACCAACUGGAACAAAAUAUGCUGAUCAGCAAACAGUGUUCAAUGAUUUAGGAAAAGGAAUAAUAGACAAUGCAUGGAAGGGUUAUAAUUGUUCAUUGUUUGCCUAUGGACAAACAGGUAGUGGAAAGUCCUACUCUGUUGUGGGAUAUGGCAAAAACCAGGGAAUUGUACCUUUGUUUUGUGAUGACUUGUUUGAUGGAAUUGAGAAGAAAAGAGCAACAGCAGGAGAAAAUGAAGAAUAUCAGGUUUCAUUGAGCAUGUUGGAGAUUUACAAUGAACAGGUCCGUGACCUUUUAAACCCUAAGACCAUGAGCGUUAAAGGAGGGUUAAAGGUUAGACAGGAUCCAAAGAAGGGAUUUUAUGUUGAACAAAUGACCUCUAAACAAGUGAACAGUUAUGAAGAAAUAGAUUCUAAAAUAAAUGAGGGAACAAGAAACAGAACAGUGGCAUCUACCAAUAUGAAUGCCACCAGCAGUCGAGCUCACACCAUUAUUGGAAUAAAUUUCACACAGAAAUGUCCUAAUGAUGUUGGUGAAAGCAUGACACGUACAGCUGUAGUAAACUUGGUGGAUCUUGCUGGCAGUGAGAGGGCAGACUCUACUGGUGCAACAGGGGACAGACUUAAGGAAGGAUCUGCCAUUAACAAGUCACUAAGCACCCUUGGAAAUGUCAUCAAAGCUUUGGCGGACCUAUCAACUGGUAACAAAAAAGUUGUUGUGCCUUAUAGAGAUUCAACGCUUACUAAACUUCUACAGAAUGCACUUGGGGGUAACAGUAAAACUAUAAUGAUAGCAGCGUUGAGUCCUGCUGAUAUUAAUUAUGAAGAAACACUUUCUACACUGAGAUUUGCUGACAGAGCCAAGGCUAUAAAGACUGUUGCAACAGUAAAUGAAAGUCCUACAGAUAAAUUGAUUCGUGAAUUACGAGAGGAGAAUGCCAAACUGAUGGACAUGAUCAAAUCUGGCGGGAUAUCCUUGCCAAUAGGUGGCGGUGGUGGUGGUGGAGGUUACACUACUGAUGAGGUGGAAGAAAUGAAAAGACAACUGCAGGAACAGCUUAAUCAAAACCAGUCAGAGAUGGAACAAAUGAAGAAAUCAUGGCAGCAAAAACUGGCGGAGUCAGAACAAGAAAACUUGGGAAAAUUAGAAGAAGAUAAAAAGAAGAAUGAAGAUAGGAAAGUGAUCCCACAUUUCUGGAAUCUGAAUGAGGAUCCAGCUUUGACAGCAAUGGUUAUACACUUCUGUAAUGAUGGGAAAUCAACCAUUGGUACAAAGAAUGCCCAACCACCACCCAAUAUACAGAUAAAUGGACUUAGUAUACAGAAACAGCAUGCCAUUGUGACUAACAAGGGAAUGAAUGUGACUUUAGAACCAUGUUCUGGAGCUAAAAUCUUAGUCAAUGGUCAGAAAAUUGCCAAAGGUGUGCAGUUACAUCACAAUGAUAGAGUACUAUUUGGACCAAACCAUUUGUAUGUCUUUCAUCAUCCAAAAGAUGCAUCCAAGGCUAUGAAAGAAGGGAAAUCAGAAGAAACACCAACAUUUGACUCGGCUAAUGAGGAAAUAGCAGAGAAAGCUGGUCUUGUCAGACAUGAUGGGGCAACUUCAGAGGAUGUUGUUUUACAAGAAGAGGUGGUUCAGUUGUUACCCAUGGUUAAUGAAGCUAAUGCCAUGUCUGAUGAGCUCAAAAAGAAAGUACAAUUUGAACUGGCUCUCAUCUCACCACAGGCAAGGGGACUUAAAGAUGGUAAAACAGAGGUCAUGGUGAAAAUGUUGAACCCACAGACGGGAAAUGAAUGGAUGUGGGAUAGAAAUAAGUUCAUCAACAGAAAGUUCCUGAUGCAGGAAAUGUACCAGAACUAUAUUGAGGGAGAUGAUGACUGGGACUUACCGCAGGAGAAGGAUCCAUUCUGGGAACCAGCUGACACAGAACUGUUGCUGGGUACAGUCCACCUUCAUCUUAUGUCAGUAGCUCAUAAACUAGACUCUGAGGAGACUCUAACCAUCACAAACUAUAAGGGUGUAGAACUAGGACAUAUAGAAUGUGCUAUAGAGCCUUGUUCUGCUAAAGGAGGGCCCUUACCAGAGGAUGAUUUUGUAGAUAGUCCUGAUGAAUUAAUUGGUCAGGAGCUUCAUUUCAAGAUGAAAAUUAAUCAUGCCAGAGGUCUUCCCCAGAAUAUCGCCAAAAGUUAUUGCCAGUACAAAGUUUAUCUAGAUAAUGAAUAUGUGAAAACACCAGAAGUAGAAAGCAUGAAUCCAAACUUUACUCAUGAAAAACUUUUCCAUUUUAAACCAGUCACUCAGCAACUUGUUGGCUACCUCCAAGAUUCAGCCAUAGUGAUAGAAGUCUGGGGUAGACAGAAAGGAGAAGGGGGAAGUAAGGGAACUUCAGCACCAAUUAAAGCACCAGCAAAAGUUGAGAAAAAAGAACAACAGACAAAGAAGGAUGUAGGACCAGCCAAGCCUGCUGUUGCAGCAUCUGCUGCGACUGUAUCAAACAAUGAUACUCAGACCAAGAAAAUGGCAGAUGAGGUUAACAUGUACAAGAAAAAAGCUGCUGACUCGGAAAAGAAAAUGACUGAUGUUCAACAGUUCUUGGCUAACAAGAAAAACCAAGGAGUUACCCAGAUUUCUAUAUCUGAUUUAGAGUCCUUAUUAGGAGGAAGUGUUCCACCAGGUGGAGGAGGAAACAACAAUUCCUCUGCCUGCACUGUACAGUAAUCAUCUGUCUACAACUAACUAUACAGACGUAACUCUGGAAGGAUGGAGCAAUGUUACUGCUCAUGUUAGACUGAAUAUUAAUUGCAAUAUUUGAAUAUUUGUUCUAAAUAGGAUAUAAUAUUUCAGGAAAUAGUAAAUAACUUUCGUUACCAAUUAGUUGUUUUUUGAAUUGUUUAACUUGUCUUUGUGAAGAUUUAACGAGCUGGAUUCAAUUAAAGCUUUACAAAGACAUGCUCUACAAGGAAAUGGAGUACAAUUCUUUGAAUUGUUAAAACUGUGAUAAUUCUUUGUGCUUUAUAAUUCAUAAAAAAAUUCAACAUUAUUUAGUCUUUCAGUUUAAAUCUUGUAAAAUAAUUUAAUUUGUAUAAAUUUAUAUUGUCUGUUUUGUUUUUAAGUCUUAUUCUAAAGGUUGCACAUGGUAAGUGUUAAUUUUGCCAAAACUAAAAAAUGGUCAGUGUACAAUUAUCAGGUUAAUUAAAUCAGCUACUUGUUAAUGUAGUGUUGAGAUGUUAAUCAAAAGUGUAUAUUUCUUUGGUCCUCACUGACUUUAACAUUAAUAAAUCAAAACAGUUCAGGAUAUUUUCUAACCAUUAUCUCUCAUGAUAGAUUAGUACUGGGAGAAUUUAUCAUGUAUGUUUCCCUUAAUAGAUGGAAUUUUCAUUCAUGUUUGCAAUUUUAUGUCAUAAUGGUGAUGGGCAUUUUGAAAUAUUGUGCUUAAGCAAUGUAUGUCUCUUUAUUCUUCAUAUAAAUGAUUUUUUUACAAAUCAAAUGUCUCAAUUUUAUAUUUUCAAAGCUAUCCCACAUCAUGUAAUAUAUAUGUGUGAGCUCCUAAACAGAUAAUUGUGUAUGCACAUAUAAGCUCAAAAUCUCUUAAUGUUCAGUGGAAUCUGAUUUAUAAAUACAAAGUGUUUUUUGUUUUUCUGAAGACAAGAAAAGUUACUAUUUAUUUCUUUUUACACAUAUUUCCUAUGAAUUUCUUUUUACACUACCUUUCCUAUGAAUUUCUUUUUACACUAACUUUCCUAUGAAUUUCUUUUUACACUACCUUUCCAAUGAAUUUCUAUAGAAGAUCCAGUGAAUAAAAAAUAUUUUAGUUAGACAAGAAUUUAUAAUAUACAUCUGUGCACAUAAUGAACAUUUUCCCUGUUCACACAUUUUAGAAAUAUUUUGAUUUGGUAAAAAAUGUGUUGAUAAACUGGUUUGUUCAGUACAGAUGAUAAGAUUGAUAUUUAGAAAUGUUGUAUAUAUUUAACUGUUUUUUGUAAGAAGUAUAUAGUUUAAAGGAUGCAAUAUCAUGGUGCAAGAAAGAAAAUUACAAUCAAAAAUAUUUUCUACACAUUUUAUAACCUUUUGAUAAUUGAUUUUUUAUUUGCAAAUGUUUGUAAUUUUUUCAUAAUCUUUAAGACUAAUUUAGGAAAGGAAAUUGUUGCUUUGCUAGUUUGUAGUUUAAGAAACAAUUUUUCAACAGAUGUUAUUAAUAGUUGCCUUGAUUUGUAGUUCCUAUGUUGGCUUUUAGUCCUAUUAAGCAUAAUACAUGUCAGGUUUUAAAUGAUGACUGCUAUUUUUCAUGAGUUAUUCCCUUGAAAAAAGAAAAAUCAGCUGUUUUGAUGGUUCAAGAAUAUGUUUAUAGGUUUGUUUUGAAUCAAUAAUUCUUAUAUGUUAAAAACUACCACACACUACAAAAUCAGGUCAAGUACUAGUGUUUUUAUGGUUCAAGAAAACAACCUUUGAAAAAAUGAAAAUAUCCAAAAUUUAUGAAUUUUAAACCUUGGACAUGCCAUAAAAAUGUACUUGGAAAUUAAGAAAAUGUCCUGUAUAUAGACCGUGAAAAAUGUUUGCGAAUCUGUUUGUAUAUGCUAAUCCCUUUAAUACUGUAUUUAAUGAAAGGUAGGCAUUAUGUUUUCCAUUCUGUAUCAGGUAAUGUUUUGGUUUACGGUAAUUUUCCAUCAAGGUAUGGUCACAUCAAUUGGAAACUUAGUACACCUGUUCAUUAUGAUAUGAAACUUUUGAUUAUAUGCCAAAUUAGGAAUUUUGCCAAGAUUUUUCAGUUUUCUUUCCAUAAAAAUGUGAAAGUGUGAGCAGGGCACAGUGUCCCUUAAAAAUAUAGUCUUGUUUACCUUUGUAUUUAUAACCUGUUAAUUAUGACAAUCUACACAUUUUUAUACACGCACUAUAUGAUACACACAAUCUUAUCCUGUUAGAUGAUCAUAUUUCUGAAUUAGUAUAGUAUGGUAAGUAUAGCUUUUCUAUAUAUGCAUAAGUAUUCAGAAUUUAUGUGCAUGUUAUUUUACUUAUGUUGAACUGUUCAUACUUUUUUUAUUUGUUAAUUUUCUGUUUAGUCAAGUUAUUGUAUUUUCUGUUACCAUUUACUUGAAAUAAUGUGGCCAAUGCAGGAAAUAAUGUGGCCAAUGCAGGAAAACACUUUUUGUCACUUAUUGAAAAUGUAGGAAAAAAAAUGAAAUCAACAUGUUAUUAAUUUCAUGCUUCCGAAGCGCUUUUUUGGAUUUACCUUUAUCAGAAAUGCUCAAAGCCAAAUGUUUGAGAGCCUAGGAUGUAUAAGAACCAAAACAGUUGAAGAGCUAUAUUACCAAAAAGUACCCAAAAAUUAGCCAAAUUCAUCUACGGUCAACUUUUCCUGAGGGAGUUGAAACCUUAGUUUCUUUAUAAUUUAAAAAUUUAUAAACAGACAAUUUUAGAGAUAUUUUCGGUACUGACUACUGAGUUGAUGAUACCAUUGGGGACUGAAAGUCCACCAGCAGAGGUAUCAACCCAGUGCUGUAAAAAAUGAAAAAAAAAUAUGUUAUUUAUUUCAUGCGUCCGAAGCACUUUUCUGGAUUUACCUUCAUCAGGAACGCGCAAAGCCAAAUAUUUUAAAGCCUAGGAUGUAUAAGAACUGAAACAGUUGAAUAGCUAUAUGAACAAAAAAAUACCUAAAAAUUAGCCGAAUUCAUCUACAAAUUAAUUUAGAGUGAGCAUCUGGUAAUUUCAAGUCAUUUGUGGUGGUUUGUAUUUUCAUAGAAUAACCCAUUUUCCUUAAUCAAGAAGAAGUAUGAUUAUUUGUAAAUGAUUCUAAAACACUUCACAUGGGUUAGAGUAGGCCAAAAUGAAUAUGACUUUAAAAGUAACACAGUGGUGUCUUUUAUUAAAAUUAUGUUACAUUUAUUCAUCACUUUAAUUUUUGAAGGGUCUUUAGCUUGAACAAAACACAGGCAGCAUUCAAAAUCACCAAAUCUGAACAAAUAACAAUUUUUGUUUUGUAGUCUAUAUUUUAUUAAACAAUGCUAUCAAAAGAAGAAAGAGAAUUCUAAUGAAAUAUUAUAAUUUGAUAUUUAUCAGUAAAUAGUGGAAUUUUAAAUUAAAAUUUCAUAUUAAUGUUGAUAAGGUAAUUGAUUGUCAUUUAGUUUGGGAAGAACAAACAUAGCAAUACAUAAAUCAAACUUCCCAAAAGCAAGUUUACUCUUACUUCUUGCUUGUAGUACUUAAUAAUCCACACCCCUGACUGGCAAUUUUAAUUUUGGAGUAAAAAACUGCAGGUUAUACAUCCCUGAAUAUGGUGAUCAACAACUGAUACUAUAAUAGUUUUUUUUCAGAAAAAAAAUCAUGAACAGUUUAAUAAAAUCAGCUGGUAUUAGAAAAUAAUUCAAUUAAUUAUAAAUGUUUUUGUAAAGUGUCUGACAUUACAAUUAUAUGAGGCAUUACUAUUAUCUAAUAACCUGGGAAAAGAAUUGUAAGGAAACUUCUGUUGUGAAAUUAUAAAAUGUAAAGUUCAGUUGAUUAAGCAUUAGUUCCAAUUAUUACAAUAAAUGUGGACUGGUGUAAGCUUUUUAUUUUAGUGAGUUGAAUGAUGGUGUUUUUCUUUGAUAUAGAUUUUUCUUUGUAUUUUAUUCUAUUUUGCUGUAAAAAGAAAAUGAAAAACCCACCACAAAUAAUUCAAAAUUCCUCCAAAGGCCAAAUUUCAACAACUACUUGUGCAUUGAGGCCUAAACUUUUUAUAGUAUACACCAACACAUAUUCCAAUCUAAUGUUUGCAAAAAGAUUUGUCCCUAUUGGUGCAGAACUAAUACUUUAUGAACAAUACUAAUUUUUAUAGAGACAUUAAAGGAGAAGGUAUGUUUUGGCCUGUUAUGAUCAUAUAUAUCUCUUCACAUGUUUAGGUAAUUAUACAUUCUUGGCUAUCAACUUUUGUGGUAUGGGUGUUCCUGGUGAUGAUAAAUGUGGUAUGGGUGUUCCUGGUGAUGAUAAAUGUGGUGUGGGUGUUCCUGGUGAUGAUAAAUACUUCCACAAAUUUAAAAAAAAUUAUUUUCAUUUUAUUUUUUUAAUUGAUUAGCCUUGCAAGUGCACCAAAAACUUUAAAAAAUGUAUUGUACCAUACUUGUGCAUUAUUUUUAAAGUCUAAAUAAUGGCUUAAAGAAUAUAAAAAUAUUAAUUUAGACUUUUUGAAAUAAUUUGAAUGUGACCUCAUUCGGGAGAUUCACUAGAUAUUAACAUAAAAUAGGCGAUUGUUAGGAAAAUUUUUAAAAGACUGCACAACUGUAACAGGGAGUAAAGAAUAACAAACUACACUACCUGUGUUAAUACAUUUUACCUGUCUUAAUACAUUUUGGGGGAGGGAUGUAUUCUUCAUUAUUUCUCAGCAUCUGUGAAACUGUCAUUAUAUUUUUUUUGUUUUGUCAACAUUUUAUUGAAUUUACUUUAUGACAAUAGCUAAAGACACUUUAGUUUUAACAGCAAUGAAGUUCAUAGGUUCAACAUUUUAUUCUGCAAAUUGCAGGAAUUUUGAAAGGUGUUUGAUUUAAGGCCCAAUAUAGUCCCAAAUUAAACCUUCUUUCUAUUUUUAUACAUAUAUAUAUAAUCUUUGUUCUCUGUUAAUAUUUAUGAUGAAAUUAUAUUUUUUGUCUAUAUAUUUUCCGUCCAUGGUUGAAAUUAUUCAUAGUUUUUUUUUUAGUUUUAAACUGUAAAAUGAAAAAUUAUUCCCUCCAAACUUUUUUCAUAAUUCAGUUAGUCAGAGAUUGUUAAUCUACCUCAUAGAUUAAAUAGUUAGAUUUAGAUCAAACAAAUUUUAUACAAAGAGUGUUACCUUAACAUUAAUUGAUAGUAAACUUGUCACUGGCACGACUUGUAAGAAAUUACAUGUAUUGUAGAAUAAAAACUGCUGUUAUAACAGAAAUAAAAAUUGUUAAGUGAAAUGUCUACCAUGCAGAGUAGAAGCAUAAUAAAGAUUCUGAAGAUGGCUAGUGGGCGAAACUUCUAUAAAAUGGUUUAACUACUACAAUGAUGUAAAAUAUCUUAUCUAUUCACAUUUCUACACAAGAACUUAGUUGAGCCAGCUGGAAACUGUUUUAACCAUUCUAUUUUACAUACGUCUCUACCACUAACCUUGCUUUCACAUGUAUGUAUGUUUAUAAUCUAUUUUAUAGUUAAUGAAAUGUACAGAGAAUUUUACAUCUGAAUAUCAGUGUGUUUAUACAAGAUCUGUGAUGGAAUUAUACUUUAUUGUAACAGAAACUUAUUUACAAUCUGUCUUGUUGAUCAUAUAUAAUUAUAUAAUAAAAGUCUGUUUCAUUUUGUGAAA